AUCGAUUCUCCAUGCUCUUUUCAACGGUUUAUUAUAGCUAUGCAAUCUCUUCUUCGAGUAAAGAUUGUACCUCCGAUUUCUAGGGGAAAAGACCAGGAUGUUAAUGUUCUCACAAACAUAGAUCUCAUAUAUGAUUACUUUGAGGUUCUUCCCAAGUAUAAGCUUCGAUGUCGUAUCUGCUCUCAAUGUUAUCUGGCUAUAUUAACACGUGUAGACGAUCUUCGACAGCAUCUUCGUAAAGAGCAUAAAGAAGCAUUUGAAGAGCUGUCUUUGAAAUACUUUUUGCGAGAUUAUGCAUACCUUCAUUAUAAUUGGGCAACGGGAAAACAUGAUUAUGCGAGCGCAACGGAGUUUCUUACCAAAUAUGAACAUCUUUUUUUAUAUUAUGAAAUUUUUUAUUAUAAUCUUUCAAAAAUUGAUUCUUCUUGGUCGAUUCAACGUUUGAUGAUGGCUGCCCAUUUACUUCGUGUAAAACUUUAUUCACCACCGUUGAUGUCGGUUAUUGAGGAGGAAAUUUGCAAUAAUCAAUAA